AUGAACACUUACAGUCUACUGACCAGGUCCUUCCACCAAUCUACAAAGCCUCUCUUCAACUUGACCAGCACCUUGUUGAAAGCCUCCAAGAGAACGCAAAUUAGAAAUGAGUUAAUAAAACAAGGGCCCAAGAGGCCUACCUCUGCUUAUUUCUUGUAUUUGCAAGACUACAGGGGCCAAUUAGCCAAGGAAAACCCAACCUUGCGCCCUGCCGAACUAAGCAAGAUCGCCGGUGAAAAAUGGCAAACUUUGGAGGCAAGUUUAAAAGAUAAGUACAUAACCCAAAGAAAGCAAUUGUUUUCUGAAUACCAAAAGGCCAAGAAGAUCUUCAACGAUAAACUGCCCCCAAAGAAACCUGCUGGUCCCUUCAUCAAAUACGCUAACGACGUCCGUACUGAAGUCCUUAGCCAACAUCCUGAGACUUCUCAACUGGACUUGAUGAAAAUUAUCGGAGAUAAAUGGCAAAAUUUGGAUCAAGGUACCAAAGAUAAAUAUACUCAAGAAUAUAAAAAAGCUCUUCAGGAGUAUAACGCUAGCUUCCCGCUCGAAUGA